AUGCGGGUUAACAUUAUCUCUUUCGUGGCUCUAGCUACUACAGCUACAGCUCUCCUUGUCACCUAUCCACGGAUUGGCGAAAAGAUUGACCCCGAUAUGCCCCUUACUAUCAAGUGGCAGGCUGUCGCAACGGACCCGGAUACCUUCAGCAUCGAACUGGUCAAUCAGAAUGUCUAUCCUCCGACAACAGAGGUGGUGGUAGAAGAUAUAGACUCUUCCAAGGGCUCCUACACGGUCAAAGCAAAGACAUUCACCGGUGUAGACGAUGGAAAGGGAUAUCAGAUCAACUUCAUCUCUCCGACCAGUGGCAUUCUGGCUCAGUCUCAGCAAUUCCGAGUCACUGAGCCGGGUGCAAUUGCUAGUAGCUCUGGUAAGGAAACCAGUACUGCGCUUGAAACUUCGUCUGCCUCGUUGAUGUCUUCCACCGCGUCGACCAGCGAUAUUACUUCGAUUCCUUUAUCGACUGCUUCCUCUUACUUGUCUUCGACCGCUCACUCCUCCACCAGAUCAACUUCUGCUUCAAUCAUGGCCUCGACCUCGACUAGCAUGUCCACUGCAACCCAUUCGAACACCACUACUUCGACCACCACUCGCCGCACGUCUUCGACCACAAUCUCCACUGCGACGGAGUCGGCAACUACCACCACCAACGCUGCUGCCGUUCUCAUGCCCCCUGCUGGCAGUCUGCUUCUGGGUCUACUCGCUCUGGUCCUUUAG